AUGGCCACCGAUCCGUUUUCUCCAGCCUACUCCCCCUUCCUCUCGUCGGCCGACGAUGACAUGGAGCAGGGCGAGUGGGUUUGGGUCCCGAAGAAGCUCGCUGCCACGCUACCGGCUGCUUUUAGCGCCUCUUCUCACUCGCAUCCGAGCCCUGAUCUGUCCCAACAAAUGUACCACUCCUUCACCAGCGAGCCUACUGCUUCCAGCCCGGAGUCGGCUUCUUGGAACGCGUCACCUGAGAUGCCCGCGUCCCCGAACAUGAUGACAUACGACUUCAGAGGUGCCAGUGCAGGGCUGAGUAAUAGUCCAGCCGCAGAGCUGCCGCUUGAGUUCGAUUCGUUUCAUGUCAACCUGGCGUUGCAAAUCCCGACGACGGCAGCGCCUGCAUUUGGGACUAAGCCAUGGCUGUCAGCCGCCACAACUGCCACCACAACUGGCCCCCUUUUCCCCACAGCCGGGUUGGACGCUGCGAUCUUUCCUGGCAAUCUCGAUCUCGAGCUCGACCUGGGCCUCACUUCGUCUCCUAAUGGGGAAGUGCUUUUUAUGGAAGACGUUCACCUACCUGAGGGCAAUGUCUCUCAAACCCCGCCAUUCAACCCCCUUACACCGGCUCCCCGCUCACCUCAGCCAACAAUGGCUUCCUCUCCACAGCUCGUUUGCUCUGACGUCGCGUCUAUCCCUUGUCCCAGCUGCAACUUGACCUUCUCUAGCACGGCUGCUCUUCGUAAGCACACCCGCCGCGCCCACCGCCCUCCCUCCUUCCCAUGCCCGCUUCCCCACUGCGGUAAAGGCCAUCUUGACGCGAGGGCACUUGCUCGGCACCUGUGGGCGAAGCAUAGGGAGUAUGCUGAACAAGCGGGGACGCCAUCUGAGAGGGUUAAGUGCAAGUUCUGCGAGUAUGAGGGGCGAAGGGAUAACGUCUCGAGGCAUAUGAAGAGGCACACUGGGGGGAAGUAA